AUGGGGGGCGGGGCACUGCAACUCCUCAAAAAUCAGCUUUAUGAGUCGGCCCCGACCAUAUUACUGUCGUUAGAGAGACAGUAAUAUGACAGUUUUGACCAAACCCAUUGCUCAUUUUAUAUUAUAAAUAAAAGUAAUAGAAAUUCAUUAAUUCUUUUAAAAAGAAUAAUGUGGUGUUAAUAUCACAUAUAAAAUCCCAUUAUUUCGAUAUGUAUAGCUCCUCACAAGUGCUAAUAAUAAAGGAAACUUUGUCAAAAAUGCCUUUAUGCUCAUGAAGUUGACAGCUUAGAAAUUAUUCCUAUUAAGAAAUUCCAAGAAAAGGCUCUCCAGAAACUACAAGACUCCAAGCUAAACCAGACAUCAGAGUUAACCUAACACCGUAUGGCUUUUCAAUCUGUGUUAUCUGAAACUGAAACUAUGAUGAAGCAAAUAUGUUAAGCUCUAUCAGAAGCGAUCAAAAAUAUUUAUGAUAUGAUUGAGAAGGAAAACAACUCAUACAUAAGUCUUAUAAACUAAAAUCCGGCAGAAUGCUCCAAUAUGGAUUUAGAAAAGUAAGUCUCUAUUGUUGUAGGACAAACAAUAUUAAGUGAUUGGAAGGCUUAGAAGAAUUCCUACAUGUAAGAGUUGGAACGGACAAAAAAUUGGCUGGAUAAAGAAAUUAAGGUUUUUAUUAAGAAGUCAAAUGAAGGAAUAAAGAAGAUUCAAUCAGUGAUUAAAUAAUAAGUUUAAAUCCCAGAGUAUCAGCCAAAGAAAGAGUUGUCAGAGAUCUUAGCUUCUGUUAAUGUAGUUGAUGAAUCGAUGUUCAGUGUCCUUAUAAAGAUGUUAAAAUAAGAAAAGAUUUCAGAUUGUAUAAACUUUCUUUCAAAUCCUUUAACUGAAUAGAUUUAUGAAAAAUAUAUCAAUUAUACAAGGGAUUUUAAUAGGGGAAUAGAUAGUACAAUUUAUAUUUCAAAAAUUCUGAAAAAUAUCUAAGAGUACUCUGAUUAUUCUUUAAAGAGUUAUGAAAAAACCAUAAAAUUAGCUUAUAAUAACAAAAUCAUAAAAUUCUUAACAUUUCUCAUUCAUCUAACCUCUUUAGAUGAAAAAUUCAUCAAAUGCGGAUCCAAUUCUUUUCAUUUAUUAGUGUAUUUAAAGGUAGAUCUGACUAAUUAAAAUUUUGAGGAUGUUAGGAUAAAAAAUACCUCAUUGAUUGGGGGCAACUUUGCCAGAUGUAAUUUUAGUGGAUCAGUAUUUGAAAAUGUAGACAUAAGUGGAGUGAACUUAAACGGAUGUUUACUUUUGAACUGUAAAUGGGAGAAAAUAAAAAUACAUGAACUAAACAUUUUGGAUAAUCAUACUGACACAAUCUACUCAGUUUGCUGCUCUCCUAAUAGUACUACAUUAGCAUCAGGUAGUGCAGAUUAGUCUAUCCGCUUAUGGGAUGUUUAAACAGGAGAAUAAAAAGCCAAAUUAGAUGGUCAUACUAGGACAGUCUACUCAGUUUGUUUCUCUCCUGAUGGGACUACAUUAGCAUCAGGUAGUGAAGAUUAGUCUAUACGCUUAUGGGAUGUUUAAACUGGAGAAUAAAAAGCCAAAUUAGAUGGUCAUUCAUCUACUGUCAACUCAGUCUGCUUUUCUCCUGAUGGUGCUACAUUAGCAUCUGUUAGUGGUGAAUGGAGGGGUAAUGAUAACUCUAUCCGUUUAUGGGAUGUUUAAACAGGAGAAUAAAAAGCCAAAUUAGAUGGUCAUUCAUCUACUGUCAACUCAGUCUGCUUUUCUCCUGAUGGUGCUACAUUAGCAACUGGUGGUGAUGAUUCCUCAAUACGUUUAUGGAGUGUUGAAAAAAGAGAAUAAAAAGCCAAAUUAGACCUUGGUGGUUUUGCCACCUCAGUUUGUUUCUCACCUGAUGGUAGUACUUUGGCAAAUGGUAAUAAUUAAGGCGGCUUAGUCUAAUUGUGGAAUGUUAAAACAAGAGAAGAAAAAGCCAAAUUAAAACAUGAUGAUCGGGUCUUCUCAGUCAGUUUCUCUCCUGAUGGUAGAACACUAGCCUCUAGUAGUUGGGAUUAUUCUGUUCGUUUAUGGGAUGUUAAUACAGGAUAAUAAAAAGCCAGAUUAGAGGGUCAUAGUAAACGUAUUUAUUCUGUGUGUUUCUCUCUUGAUGGAAAUACAUUAGCAUCUGGAGGUGAGGACAAGUCUAUUCGUUUAUGGGAUGUUAAUACAGGAGAAUAAAAUGCAAAAUUGGAUGGUCACAAAAAAAAAAUCUUUUCAGUUUCUUUCUCUACAGAUGGUUCUACUUUAGCAUCUUGUAGUUAUGAUAAAUCCAUCUGUUUAUGGGAUGUUAAAACUGGAUAAUAAAAAGCCAAAUUGAAUGGUCAUAGUGAUUAUAUUAAUUCAGUCUGCUUUUCUCCUGAUGGUGCCAUUUUGGCAUCUGGUAGUGUGGAUAAAUCCAUCUGUUUAUGGGAGGUUAAAACUGGAUAAUAAAAAGCCAAAUUGAAUGGUCAUAAAGAUUGUAUUAAUUCAAUCUGCUUCUCUCCUGAUGGUACUACUUUGGCAUCUGGUAGUGGUGAAUAUGAAAUUAAAGAUAACUCCAUUCUUUUAUGGGAUGUCAAGACAAAGAAACGAAUAGCUUAAUUAAAAGUUCAUACUGGAGUUGUCAAGCAAGUCUGUUUCUCACCUAACGGUAAAAUCUUAGCAUCUGGUAGUUAUGAUAAGUCGAUCUGUAUAUGGGAUGUUAAAGUAGGAAAAUAAAAAGCCAAAUUAAAUGGUCAUAUUUCUAGAGUAAGAUCAGUCUGUUUUUCCCCUGAUGGUACCAUAUUAGCGUCUGGUAGUGAGGAUAAAUCUAUUCUGUUAUGGGAUGUUUAAACUGGAUAAUAAAAACUUAAAUUAAAGGGUCAUACAGGCUUUAUAUUAUCGGUUUGUUUCUCUCCUGAUGGUACAACUUUAGCAUCUGGUAGUAGAGAUCGGUCUAUCCGUUUAUGGGAUAUUAAAAUAGGAUAGUAAAAAGCCAAAUUGGAUGGUCAUACUGAGGAUGUAAAGUAAGUCUGUUUCUCACCUGAUGGCACUAUCUUAGCAUCUUGUGGGGGAGGUGGAUAAUUUUAUUGUGCAGAUUGUUCUAUUCGUUUAUGGUUUGUAAAUACAGGAUAAUAAAAAGCUAGUUAAGAUGAUCAUAAUGACUAUGUAGGUUCAGUCUAUUUAUCUCCCAAUGGUACUACAUUGGCUUGUGAUAGUAAAGAUAAUUCUAUCACUUUAUGGGAUAUUCAAUCAGGUUAAUAAAUAGUCUAAUUGGAUAGUAUUCGAGAAGAUGUCAAAUCGGUCUAUUUCUCUCCUGAUAGUACUACAUUUAUAAUUGAAAGUUAUAAUGACUCUAUCAAUUAAUGGGAUGUUAAGACUGGGUAGUAAAUUCAACCAAUAGAUUAACGUUACAAAGAUAAUUUAUGUCAACUAUUUUAUACUAGUCAUCUUGAAAGUAGUAUUAUCUCCAAUAUUACAAUUCUUCGCAUAUCAAAAUCAUUACUAUUUUAAGCUUAAAAUUCGAUUAUAUUAAAAGGAGAAUUUAUAAAUUAUUAAGGGAAAGAUUUAAAAUCAUUAAUUAAAUCAAAAGGAGGCAUUUUUUGUACACAAAAAUAGAAGAAUUUACCAGAAGAAAUGAUUAUUAGUAAAUCAAAAAUUAAUUGA